UUUGCCAAAUCAGACUCCUGGGCUCCAGGCAAUUGUCGGGGGUGGUGACCGGCCGCUUCUGAGAAAGCCAUUGGCUCCUCCAGGAGGUCUCCCACUUUAAAGCCGCGGGGGGGGCCGGGUGGAAGCCCAGUGAGCAGGUAUGAGUCCGGCCGCUUUCCAACUCUGGAGGGAUUAUUUCCAGCUGGCCAAAUUGGUGGAAGGGAUGAACCGAUACGGCCCCUCCGAAGAAGAGCCCGGACCUCAGGCGGCGGAAUUGUCCCCGGAGCAGCAGCCGGAGCGCCAACUUUUCCCGCGGCAGCAGGAGCAGCGGCGGAGGCAACGGCAGCGGCAGCAGCAGCAGCAGCAGCUCCAGCAGCUCGUGGACAAGCCUCCCUCGGCCGCGCGUGGGUGGGAUGGGCUCAGUUGUUCUUUCUGCAAGCAGAACGGGGAGUCGCGGUCCAUCUACACCUCGCAUCGGCUGAAGGACGAAGCCGGCCUCGUGCAGUGCCCUAUUUUGAGAAAAUACAAGUGUCCUCAGUGCGGAGCGUCGGAGGAUUUUGCACACACGAGGAGGUUUUGCCCUUUAACCAAGCAGGGUUACACCUCUGUCUACACAAGCUGCAUGAGGAACUCUGCUGGGAAGAGGAAAAAAAAGGCAAGUCGUCGAAAGCGCGAGCCGUCGUUGUUUCCUCCCUCGAUAUAUACUUUAUAUAUUAAAAAAAAUCCUUUCCCCCCAUCCCAGAUUUGAAAGCCACCGAAAGGGAUGGGCUGCGGCUCUUAAUCGGUGUCAUAAUAGCCCUUUUCUGAAGAAUGGAGAGACUGUAGGAUUAAUCAUUCAUGUGGAGUCACCGGUGCUCAGAAAUCAAUUUAUAAGCAACUUGAAAAGUGAUACAGAAAGGAUUAGUUAACAAAUCUGAUACAAGCAAUACACCCAGCACUAGCGCACCUGAUAUCAAGAAAUCUUUGUUUUUCCUCCACCUGAGUUCACAUUUUGUUACAACUAUUUGAUGAGUUGCAAGAUAUUUUAUAUGAUAUCCUCAGUCUGUUCUUCUGCAUUCAACUAACAUGAAUGCUGUUUAUUUGUUUAAGGUUCUUUAUGUUUAUUAUUUCUGUUUAUAAUUGUUUAAAGUAUACUUGUUUUAAAAGGUUUUUUUGUGAACUAAUUGUUUGAUUUUAAAUUUGCAUAGUUAUUGUUUUUGUAUGAAUACAGAAUAUUUUUCUUUAACUCUGGAAUAAAAAGUAGGUAUUUUCCAUGAUGAUGGAAUUAAAAAAAAUACAUAAAUCCACAAAAAGAUUUGUGUAGGAAACAAGAAAUUUUGCAAAAUAAAAUACAGCAUCACAAUUGUUUCAGUUGGAGACAUCUUGAUGCCUUGUAAUCAAUAUUAUUUAAAAAUGCUUCACUUCGUUUGACUUGUGCCCAAAUAAAGGAUUCAGAUUUCCCUACACCCCCACAAAGUGAAUAUAUCUUGCCUUCCACAAUUUUGUACUGUCUAGAUUUCUAACAAUCUACCUGAUGAUAUGGAAUUAUGGCAAUUAUAAAGCUAAUAUAUUUGUAUGGAAUCAGAUUGCACAAGGCUUUUCUAACUUAUUAAUAAACUAUUAAAUAGUUAAACCAAAA